CUGUCCACCCACCCUGUGGGGUCAUACUAACUGGCAGGACGGGACAGGUCCCUAUCAUAAACAGGACAGGGUCAGGGAGACAUGCUCAGAGAGACCUGGGAUUUCAGAGCAGCUACACAGUGCAGAGGAGCUGAAGAAGAAGAAGGAGUAGAAGAGACUUGCGCUGACGCACUUGAUUGACUGACUGACUGAAGAGGAUUUAUUUGUUAAAGUGAACAGCAGAGGAGAGAGGGAUGGAUUCUUUCUGCAGUCUCAGUGGUCUAGACCCGCUAUGGGAUUGGAACCGGACAUGGUACACUCCCAACCCAGAACUGACCCAGUGUUUCCAGAACACAGUGCUGGUGUGGGUCCCCUGCAUCUACCUCUGGGUGUGCGCACCUUUCUAUUUCCUGUACCUCUACUGCCAUGACCGUGGGCACAUCCACUUGUCCUGCCUUUGUUGCACCAAAGUGGUCCUCGGUUUUCUCCUGGCCUCGUUUGGAUUCGUGGAGUUUUUCUACAUUCUGUUGGAGAGACAGAGUGAGAUCCAGCAGCACCUGGUGUUCCUGGUCAGCCCUGUGAUUAGAAGCCUCUCUGUGGUGCUGGCGGUUCUGCUGAUCCAGUACGAGCGGACCCAGGGCUGCCGAUCCUCUAUCUUCCUGUUCAUCUACUGGCUGCUGGCCGUCAUCUGUGCGCUGGUGCCCUUGAGGGCAAAGAUCCAACUUGCAGUCGAGGAGGGUUUCUCGUCGGACGCUGUGCGUUAUGCUGCAUUUUUCUCCCACUUUGCCCUGCAGCUGGCUGAACUGGUGUUGUCCUGUUUCGCUGACCACCCCCCCUUUUCUACAGUGCCCGUCAAAGAGACAAACCCUUGUCCAGACCAGGACGCCUCCUUCCUCUCCAAGAUACUCUUCUGGUGGUUCACUGGGCUGGUGGUAAAAGGCUACAAGAAACCACUGAAGGCUGAAGACCUGUGGUCUCUGAGGAAGGAUGACACAUCUGAGAAGAUCAUCUCUGACCUGAAGCAGGAGUGGUCCGUGGAAUGUGCCAAGCUACAACAAAAAACAGACUCCCUGUCCCCCACUGCCACACUGGGCUCCAGGAUGCCCGACCAGGCCCAGCUGCUCAGGAAGCUCCAGAAGGAGCAGAGUUCCGGUUUCUGCCUCCUGAGGGCGCUAGCGAGGGUGUUUGGCCCCUACUUCCUGUCAGGGACCCUGUGUCUGGUGGUGCACGAUGUCUUCAUGUUUUCCAUCCCACAGGUACUCAGCUUGCUGCUGGCGUUUAUGAGUGAUGCCAACGCCCCCCUAUGGAAGGGGUAUUUCUACGCAGCCUUGAUGUUCCUGGUGUCCUGCAUGCAGUCGCUCUUCAAUCACCAGUACAUGUACUCCUGCUUCACCGUGGGCAUGAGAGUCAAAACUGCCGUCAUGGGCCUUGUUUAUAGAAAGUCCCUGGUGAUCACCAACGCUGCCCGCAGGACCUGCACGGUUGGAGAGAUUGUGAACCUGGUCUCUGCCGACACUCAGAAGCUCAUGGACUUUGUGGUUUACUUUAACGCGGUGUGGCUGGCGCCCAUCGAGAUUACCCUGUGUCUGUUCUUCCUCUGGCAGCAUUUAGGGCCAUCUGCCUUGGCUGGCAUUGCCACCAUCAUCCUGAUCUUCCCACUGAAUGGUGUUAUUGCCAAGCAGAGGAGCAAACUACAGGAGGUGCAGAUGAAGCACACAGAUGGCCGAAUCAAGCUGAUGAACGAGAUUCUAAACGGGAUUAAGAUCCUGAAGUUCUACGCCUGGGAAAAAGCCUUCAUGGAGCGCGUGCUGGGCUACAGGGCCAAGGAGCUAAAGGCACUGAAGAAAUCCCAGAUCCUGUACUCAAUCUCCAUCGCCUCAUUCAACUCCUCCACCUUCCUGAUUGCGUUCGUCAUGUUCGGGGUGUACGUGUUGAUUGACAAGAGGAACGUCCUGGAUGCGCAGAAGGUGUUUGUCUCCAUGGCGCUCAUUAACAUCCUCAAGACCCCCCUGAGUCUCCUCCCUUUCUCUAUGAGCACCACCAUGCAGGCCGUUGUCUCACUGAAACGUUUGGGCAAAUUCCUUUGCCAAGAAGAACUGAAAUCGGACAAUGUGGACAGGACGCCAUCCCAUCCUGCAGGCAGCAGUGUACUAGUGGAGAACGGUAUUUUCAGCUGGUCAAGAGACGGAGCUCCAUGUCUAAAGAAGAUCAAUGUGAGUGUGGCGCGUGGCUCUCUGGUGGCGGUGGUCGGACAUGUUGGCAGUGGGAAAUCCUCACUGCUCUCUGCUCUGCUGGGGGAGAUGGAGAAGAAAAACGGACGCGUCUCACUCCAGGGCUCAGUGGCCUAUGUGCCCCAGCAGGCGUGGAUCCAGAAUGCCACCCUGCGAGACAACAUUGUGUUUGGGCGGGAGAGGAAGGAGAGCUGGUACCAGCGAGUGGUGGAGGCCUGCGCGCUCAUGCCUGACCUGGAGAUCCUGCCUGCGGGGGAUGAGACUGAGAUCGGGGAGAAGGGUUUGAAUCUCUCCGGCGGUCAGAAGCAGCGGGUCAGCCUGGCCCGUGCUGUCUACAGGAAGGCUGAUGUGUACCUGCUGGAUGACCCUCUGUCUGCGGUGGACGCCCACGUGGGUCAGCACAUCUUCGAGAAAGUCAUCGGACCCAAAGGGGUGCUGCGGGACAGGACCCGGGUGCUGGUGACCCAUGGGCUGAGCUACCUGCCGCAGGUGGACCUGAUCCUGGUGCUGGUGGACGGGGAGAUCACAGAGAUGGGCUCCUAUCAGGAGCUGCUGAACCGACAAGGCGCCUUCGCUGAGUUUAUCCAUGCCUACGCCAGCACGGAGCGCAAGGAGAGCACCGUUCACAGAGCUACCAGAAAAUCAUCUUCAAGACUCAGUGUGACCGACUACAUGCCUGUCUCCAGAGACCUCUCCCAGGAGCAGCUUGUCAGCGGAGACACAGGCAGCCCCAGUCUCCAGAACGUGGAGCCCAGCUCCGAAACUGACCAGCCUGAGGUUGCAGAGGAUGCUGGGAAACUAACCGAGGCUGACAGAGCCAAGACCGGGAGGGUGAAGCUGGCCAUCUACAUGGAGUACUUCAAGACCAUCGGCUUGGCCCUCAUCCUUCCUAUCAUCUUCCUGUACGUCUUCCAGCAGGCCGCCUCCCUCUCCUACAACUACUGGCUCAGCAUGUGGGCAGAUGACCCUGUCGUCAAUGGGACACAGCUGGACACUGAUUUCAAAUUGGGUGUCUAUGGAGCGCUGGGCUUCGCACAAGGCAUCGCUAUCUUUGGCACCACGGUGGCUAUCUCUGUAGGUGGGAUCAUUGCAUCCCGCCACCUCCACCAGGACCUGCUGCACAACAUGCUGCGCUCGCCCAUGAGCUUCUUCGAGCGCACGCCCAGCGGGAACCUGCUCAAUCGCUUCUCCAAGGAGGUGGACGCAAUCGACUGCAUGAUCCCAGACGGCCUCAAAAUGAUGCUGGGCUACCUGUUCAAGCUGCUGGAGAUCUGCAUCAUCGUGCUCCUGGCCACGCCCAUUGCCGCCAUCAUUAUCCUACCGCUGGGGCUGUUCUAUGGGUUCAUCCAGAGUUUCUAUGUGGCCACCUCUUGUCAGCUGCGGAGACUGGAGUCCGUGAGCAGGUCCCCCAUCUACACCCACUUCAACGAGACAGUCCAAGGGGCGAGCGUCAUCCGCGCCUUCGGGGAGCAGCCUCGCUUCAUCCUGCAGACUAACCAGAGGGUGGACGAGAACCAGAAAUCCUACUUCCCCAGAUUCGUCGCCACCAGAUGGCUGGCUGUGAAUCUGGAAUUCCUGGGAAACGGCAUUGUUCUGUCUGCAGCUAUUUUCUCGGUGAUGGCAAAGGGUACCCUGAGUCCAGGGAUUGUGGGUCUGUCAGUCUCCCACGCCCUGCAGGUGACAGGAAUCUUGAGCUGGAUAGUGAGAUCCUGGACAGAUGUGGAGAACAACAUAGUGUCUGUGGAGAGAGUGAAGGAGUACGCAGACACCCCCAAAGAGGCAGCAUGGACCCUGGAGAAUAGCCCCAUGCCCCCUGCCUGGCCCCAGACUGGCACCAUUGAGCUCCGCGGUUAUGGGCUGCAGUACCGCAAGGGGCUAGAAUGGGCACUGAAGGACAUCUCCAUCGACAUUCAGGAGAGAGAGAAGGUAGGGAUCGUUGGGAGGACCGGAGCUGGAAAAUCAUCUCUUGCUCUGGGAAUCUUCAGAAUCCUGGAAGCCGCCAAAGGGGAGAUCUUCAUAGACGGGAUUAACAUUGCUGAGAUAGGGCUCCACGAGCUGAGGUCCAGAAUCACCAUCAUCCCACAGGACCCUGUGCUGUUCUCGGGCACCCUGCGGAUGAACCUUGACCCCUUCGAUGCGUACUCCGACGAGGAAGUCUGGAACUCUCUGGAACUCGCUCACCUCAAAAACUUUGUGUCGGGGCUCCCAGACAGGCUGAACCACGAGUGCUCGGAGGGAGGGGAGAACCUGAGCUUGGGGCAGCGUCAGCUGGUGUGUCUGGCUCGGGCCCUCCUUCGGAAAACAAAGAUCCUGGUUCUGGACGAGGCGACGGCAGCCGUCGAUCUGGAAACAGACAACCUGAUCCAGUCAACAAUCCGCAGCCAGUUUGAGGAGUGCACCGUCCUGACCAUCGCUCACAGACUCAACACCGUCAUGGACUACACCAGGGUGAUAGUGAUGGACAAGGGGCUGAUUGUGGAAUCAGACUCCCCGUCAAACCUUAUUGGACAGAGAGGUCACUUCUUCAGAAUGUGCCGGGAGGCCAGCCUGGUAUAAUACCCUCAGUUACAGAGUCUUCCACUGGAGGUUCUGGAGGUCACAUAACUCUCCUUUCCCCAGCAACGAGACAAUGAGCUGCAUAACCUGUGGAGGCUUCGGGAACAGUUCCAUCAAAGGCACGUUGAUUUAAUAUUAGUUUGUGAUCCUUUAUUUCAAAUUAUAUGUGUAUGUGUGUGUGUGUGUAUAUAUAUAUAUAUAUAUAUAUAUAUUUUUUUUUUUUUUCUCUCUAAUCAAGUUGUACCAUUUUGUUUACAAAAAAGGGGUGGUGCUUAAAUAGUAAAAUUCAGGGGGGAGUGACUUGACAUAUACAGACAGCUAAAUUCUGUGCCUUGCCAGGAGCACCUCUGCAAUGUGAGGGUUUGUAUUGGUGUACCACAUACUGUAGGCCUCUGUAUACGAGGGGGAGCCGGUAGCUGCUGGGAUCUUGCCAAACAAACAGAUCAAGGGAAGAAACUGAGAAAAACUGAACAUUAGCACAUCUUCAAACAUAUUUUUCACCUUUUAUAAAUAUCCUUUUGUAUAGGUAUAUAAAACUAGGUGUUAUAUUUAUACUUCUGUCUUAUUUAAUUCAUGCUUUUUUUGACAAUAUGAUUAUAAAGUUUGUACAAUUUUGUAUUUUUUUGAAGGAAAUUAUUUAAAAAAAAAAAAAAAAAAAAGAAGUGAUCCCACGAGUGGUCCUUUCACACCAGGCUGUCAGUCCAAACCUCUACUGUAAUACAAUGAGUGAUGUCUGGACAGCAAAUCACAGUUAGGCUGCAUUGUCUUUGGCUUUCAACUUGAUAGCUUGUUAUUUUUUCCAGCCCUCCAUUAGUUCUUUUUUUAAUGAUAGUUACAAUUGCUUUUUGUUUUCUUUGGAAGCUUAGUAUGUCGUACAUGUCAUUUGGAUUUACAAUUGAGUACUGUGUGUCUCUUGAUGUUAAACAUGUACUGUAUGUGUACUAUAUUUAAAAGCAGACAUGGAUGUCAAACUAUCAUGCGUUUGAACUCUCUGAAAUAUAUUCAUCUCCCUCAACAGCAUGACAUCAAAUGUAUUUCAAAUGAUCAUGCAGCUCACUGUAAUUGUAAAUUGAAGGUUUAUAUAAAACUGGUUUGGAUGAAUUAUACCUCGUUUCCAUGUGCAUGGAUUGACCGCAAGUCCGAGCUGACCCCUAUUGACAGUCUACCUGAGCUGAGUGAUGAGACUUUGUUUCCAGGCAAUGCGAGUUUCACAGAUGUUGGCGGUUAUUUCCCAGCAAGCCUUGCGGUUAUGGUCACAUUAAUUUACAAAACCGAAGGAUGGAUACUAUUGCUUUGCUUCCAAUAAUCCUAACAAUUCUUUGCAGCUUUUUGUUGCCAAAAACCAAAAAAACACACACAACGAUACGAGAAUAUUGAAGCCUGGAGAAACCGGCUCACCCCGGAUGUGGAUUAAAAGUUUACGCCCACUCGGCACUUGAUUGGUCAGUGCUGUGACUUACUUCCACCCAUCCUGCUUUAACCCGCUUUGGGAAAGGGUCUGACAAAAAAUGGGGCAGCUUGGACUGGCAGUCAGUGCAGGUUGGGUAAAUUAAC